CCGGUUCCUGCCGCGCCCGCCGCGCCGCCGCGCCGCCGCGCCGCCCGCCGUCCGCCGCCGCCCGUCGCUGCCCGCCGCUGCCUGCGCCCCCGAACCGCUCCGCGGUGCCGCCGGACCAGCAUCAUGUCGCUGUCGCGCACGGAGGAGAUGCAUCGGCUCACGGAAAAUGUCUACAAGACCAUCAUGGAGCAGUUCAACCCCAGCCUCCGGAACUUCAUUGCCAUGGGGAAGAACUAUGAGAAAGCUCUGGCAGGCGUGACCUACGCUGCCAAAGGCUAUUUUGACGCUCUCGUGAAGAUGGGUGAGCUAGCCAGCGAGAGCCAGGGCUCUAAAGAACUCGGAGACGUUCUCUUUCAGAUGGCCGAGGUCCACAGGCAGAUUCAGAAUCAGUUGGAAGAGAUGCUGAAGUCUUUCCACAAUGAGCUGCUCACGCAGCUGGAGCAGAAGGUGGAGCUGGAUUCCAGGUACCUGAGCGCCGCGUUGAAGAAAUACCAGACAGAGCAAAGGAGCAAGGGUGACGCACUGGACAAGUGCCAGGCUGAGCUGAAGAAACUCCGCAAGAAGAGCCAGGGCAGCAAAAACCCGCAGAAGUACUCGGACAAGGAGCUGCAGUACAUCGACGCGAUCAGCAACAAGCAGGGUGAGCUGGAGAACUACGUGUCGGAUGGUUACAAGACAGCCCUGACGGAGGAGAGGAGAAGGUUCUGCUUCCUGGUGGAGAAGCAGUGCGCCGUGGCCAAGAACUCCGCCGGCUACCACUCCAAGGGCAAGGAGCUGCUAGCACAGAAGUUGCCACUGUGGCAACAGGCCUGCGCCGACCCCAACAAGAUCCCAGACCGCGCGGUGCAGCUGAUGCAGCAGAUGGCCGGGAGCAACGGCUCCGUCCUCCCCAGCGCCCUGUCGGCCUCCAAGUCCAGCCUGGUCAUCUCAGACCCCAUCCCGGGGGCCAAGCCCCUGCCGGUGCCCCCUGAGCUGGCCCCGUUUGUGGGGCGGCUGUCUGCCCAGGAGAGCACGCCCGUCAUGAAUGGCGUCUCGGGCCCCGAUGGUGAGGACUACAGCCCCUGGGCCGACCGCAAGGCCGCCCAGCCCAAGACCUCGUCUCCUCCACAGUCCCAGAGCAAGCUGAGCGACUCCUACUCCAACACGCUCCCCGUGCGCAAGAGCGUGGCUCCGAAGAACAGCUACGCAGCCACUGAGAACAAGACCCUGCCGCGCUCCAGCUCCAUGGCGGCCGGCCUGGAGCGCAACGGCCGCAUGCGGGUGAAAGCUAUCUUCUCUCACGCGGCCGGAGACAACAGCACCCUGCUGAGCUUCAAGGAGGGAGAUCUCAUCACCCUGCUGGUGCCUGAGGCCCGCGACGGCUGGCACUACGGGGAGAGCGAGAAGACCAAAAUGCGGGGCUGGUUUCCCUUCUCCUACACCCGGGUUCUGGACAGCGAUGGCAGCGACAGGUUGCACAUGAGCCUGCAGCAGGGGAAAAGCAGCAGCACGGGGAACCUGCUGGACAAGGAAGAGCUAGCCCUCCCGCCCCCCGACUACGGCACAGCCUCCCGCGCCUUCCCUGCCCAGGCAGCCGGCACCUUCAAGCAGAGGCCCUACAGUGUGGCCGUACCUGCCUUCUCCCAGGGUCUAGAGGACUACGGAGCGCGGGCUGUGAGCAGCGGCAGCGGCACGCUGGUGUCCACGGUGUGAGGGCGCUGACCACGGGCAGCCGCUGCUCGGAAGAGCCCCCCCCACCUGUCUGGCCUCCAUCGGUUCCCUCCUCUGCUCUUGUUGGUUUGUUCUCGGGUUAUUUUUCUUUCUCGCCUGCCCUGUCCCGCCUCUUGGUUGGUGACCCCAGACUCUGAGAUCCCCCAGGGUCCAUGGUGCUGCCCCAUCUCUGCUCCCCGUUGUUUACACGCCCCCAACCCCAUGUGUCCGCCAGGCGGGAGCUGCUGGCCAGGCAGUGGGGGCCAGGCAGCCUCACGUCUGCUCCGCGGCUGCCAUGUCCACGACGCACUGUCCCUUUCUGAAGGCUCAUCGCGAGCCAGGCCUAAAGUUUGAAGAAAAAGAAAAAUCUUAAAAAAAAAAAAAAAAAAAAAAGGGAAAAAAGAAAAAAAAAAAAAAGAAAAGAAAAACAGGAAAAGGAGUUUCUUUCCUGACAAACAAAAGCAGAUCUGCAUGGACUCCGGUGUGCGUACUGUUACUCCUGCAUCUGACUCCCCCCAGCGACGCGGACACCUGUGUCAGGGAAGGGGAGGCUCAAGGCCCCAGGCGCCCCCUCCCAGGGCCGCACCGAUGGGCGGACGGGCUCGUGCCAGCCGGGGGGCCUCCUGAGGAAGCGGGCCGCUCCUGUGAGGGAGGCCAUGGCCCCCGGCCCCGUGCGGCCCGGCAGCCGGGCCCCUGAGCGCUUCCUUCUCCGUGGAUGCUUGGGCCGGUGUCCAGACCAGAGCGCGGGCAGGCGACACCCCCAGGGCCGGGUGACCUCGCGCGGUGCCAGGCGGGGGCGGGCAGGCGCGGCCCCUUGCGGACUUUCCAAAGAGCUCCAGAGACCACCCCCCCCCCCACGUGUUCUGGAAACCAGUGGACAGCCUUGUGAGGGAACCGUGGCCCCCAGGCCGCGAGGCUCUGGUCCUGGGGAGGGCGGCUUUGCGCCCGCCACCCCGGGGGGCAGGGGGGCAGGAGGCAGUCCCUGCCCCCGUCCUCCCUAAACGCUCUCGUCUUUUUGUGUGUCUUGGUGACUUCCGAAGCGGACAUGCUGGACUCUGCGGCUACUGGUUUGGCCUCUUCACACCCUGAAUCUGGGGCGGGAGCCGGGGUGCAGCCCCGCCCGGCCCCUCCCGCCACGGGAGCCCCUGCCAAGCUGUGGACGCUCCUUUUUCUGACAUGAUCUAACAAAACCCUCUGCCCGCUCUCCUGUGGACUGGGAGUGUUUGUGAGAGAAGCAGCUCAAGACACAGACCCGUUUUAUAUUUAAGGAAAACACAAAGCCAGAACGUGGACCCAUGUACAAAGAGCCUUCGUGUUGGUGUUCUGAUUUUGCUAAAAGAUCUCAAAUCCAGGGGAUUCCAUGCUCAAUGGAUGAAUGUAGACACAAAACUGCGACACUCGUAUGAAGAUGUUAAGUGCUCAAAAUAUUUUCCUGUUUCCUUUCCUCUUUUUUUUUUUUUUAAUCUGAAUUGUGCCCUGUACUGCAGUCGUUUGAAUAAAAGUUUUAUUUAUUGCACUGAGCUGGGUGUGGUGCUUCCUUCCAGGCUCGCUGUGUAG